AAUGGGCAACGCCUCUAGCGACGGCGUACAUUUGAAGUCAACCGUCAACAAAGGGUCGCUGAAUAUCCAUUUGGCUAUGUAACGUUACUUUACGAGUAAACUAUGACCUACAGGUCAUAAUCGCCGUUUACGCAACAGGUGUGCGGUGUGCUCGGAAAACGACACAGGUAUCUACGACACGCAAAGAACGAUCAUGCCGCUUCUGAGUCGCUGCUGGACGCCUUUUCUCCUGUACCACUGGACCAACCUCCGUUAUGGGAGUUUCUACGCUGCGAUGUACACAGCAGUGUACCAUGUUUUAUUCAUAUUCUAUGCCAUCUAUGCCGUCAGCGGGGGAAGAACUGACUAUUUCUUCAGCCCGUACUUCGAGCUUUCAAUGAAAGGAAUAUACGCUGCAGCCGGUUGUACCAUGGGAUUUGGGGUCGUCUUCCUUAUCUUCACGUUAAUGUUAGUCAUAGGCAUCAAACGUGAUAACCGUUGCCUCUUCUUCCCAUGGAUUAUAUCUGUUGUCAUCGAAAUCCUUCUCAUGAUCGCCGUAGGACUGUGGUACAUCGGCCGCUAUUACAGAAAUCUUUAUUCCGUACUGGCUGCAAUCAUCCUGUGGUGCAUUGACGGUGUCCAUGUCUACUGCUUCAUGUGCGUUAUCUCGCACUACCAGGUGGUCCGUGACCUCCAGGAGCCAAAGUUCCAGAUUUUGUACCCAUAGUUCCGCAUCGAGUUGUUCAGACUGCAGGCAAAACUGAGCAGACAAAUAUUUACACCAAUCACGCAUUCAGUUUCUACUCCUCCAUCAUUUUGGAGUGUGCAAAGAACAUGCUCAGGAAGCAUAUAGAUUAGAUGACAUCUGAAAUCCCCCAAGGCAGGCAUGUGCACAUAGCUCUACAGGUGACGACAAUAUGGUAGAACUCGAACCAACAGGAAGGACAAGCUAACAGCGAGAAAGUGGAGCAACCUUCUUGCGGAUGCUCCCUGCCAAGUACAGCCUUCGCUAGAAGAAACAGUCUCUGUGUACCCGACCUUGCAGCCAAUUCCGAAGUGUCCACUUGACCUCCUGUUGGCAUCUACACUGCUGAAAAGCCUUGGAGACGGAAGUGAGCCAUCAUUGCCCUCCACAGCUUCCUAUUGCCACUAGUUCCCCUAGUGUCGCACGAAACAGCCAGGAGUUGGCAACGCUCAUGCUGCUAGUGGCUUUGUUUCUUUUGACAAAUGAUGUACUUUCUCGGAGUGCGAGCCCGUAGUUUCAGGGAUGGUAGCAUUCCAGUUGUGCAAUAGAAUGCGCCUAGAGAAUUUUACAUAUUGUCUUUAGUGAAUAGGGCUGAAACUGCACACAAGUUUUGGUACAGAGGCUUGCCCCAUAAGAAGACACCUUCCACAAUUUCAUUUUAUAGUUUUACACCACUAGACAUUUUUCUUUUUUUGUCCUCGCAUGAGCAUACAUUACUGCCUUCCCCUUGCACAUAUAGAAAAAGAAAAUGCAGCUUGCUUGUCUGUGUGCAUUCAUGCUCAAAUAUCGUACAGAGGUGGCACAUUGCAGUGGAUACUUUUCAAUAGCAGCAAAAUGUGGUGCAAGCUGUUUUUCACUGUUACAGCAACAGAUAGCACCACCAUUCUGUUCUUGUAAAUUGUACAUUUUUUGUCUGCCAUUGCUGCAGACAUGUACUCCGGAUUUAUUCUUGGCAAAACGGGCAAGGAGCAGAAACAAGCGUGGUAUAAGCUGCAUGCACUGCAAAACAACUUAUGUGCGAAAUUCAAGCAUGAACAAGCCAGUGGUUAAGAAUGAAGAACAUUGUAAUAGCUGGCGCCCCUAUUUAUGCAGCAUUUUGUACAAGGAGUGAUGCAUGUUGCAUUCCAUUGACAUUCCGUCCAUUGUGUACAGGGAGGAAGAAGUAUCACACUCAUAAUGUAUUUUUUUUGCUAUUAUUGUUUUGCAGCUUUAGAGUUUAAUGCACUUUGAGCUGCCAUUUUGGCAAGCAACAGUGCUAACAGUUUCAUACAAAAAUUACCAGUGGCUAAUUAAUGAUCUGGCACUAGUGUGGACAAGAGCAGUGGUUGAACCAACAUGGGAAUGACGGAAACACAUGACCGUUAAAUAGAAGUUGCGGUGAAAUGUCCUUGCAGCCUUCUGCAUUCACCUACUUCAAGCUAAUGCAUCGCGAUUACAAAUAUGUUAUAUAUAGUAAUUUUUUUUCCAACCUCCGAGUGCUUGCACUUGACUCUGGCAGAGGAAAUCAUUAUGUCAAAAAUAACUGACCCGUUAUCACUGUUGACAAAUGUAUUGACACAUGCCAUGAAGCAAUUCCCUUUUAAUUAGUUCAGCGAACUAGUUCUCUACAGUAGAUAUUGAACUUCUGUAAAAUUUUUGAUGUGAUUCAGACAAUGAAACUGAGCAAAAGAAAAAAGAGCCAAGAGUUCACUUUUGCCCAAGCCAACUACAUUAGAGGCAGCCAAAAUGAACGACUGCUCCAGCACAUAGUCAGCAACUCCUGCAGCAUAUGCUGCCCCUAUGAUGCUGCAAUGAGACAUGAGCAUAUUAGCAGCUAAGUCGCAUUCCGUGCCGACCAAUCACCGCCUUCAUGAUAAUCACAUAGACCCUAAAUUUUGAUCACAUUUUAAGCUUGGCUUACUGUACUUCCCGUCACUCCCAUGCUGACUGAAAUACUCUAAUUGCAGCGGCUAUUUGUCCUCUGGUUAUAUCUGCACGAACCUCUAUAGGUGUAGAGUUGUGCUUUGUCUCCACUGCUCAUAUACUACGGGAACAUGAGAGAAGAACUACAAUACAGUUCAUUGCCAUUCCGUCCAUGCAAGGAGGAUGAAAUCUCACUUGGGAAGUGUACAAUUUCUACUCAUUUAAAAAUUCUUCUUCUGGAGCUUUUGACUUUACAAUGCACUUAAACCAUGGGCCUGAUCGUUUGUGGCACGUUUUGUUAUACACAGAACUUAGCACUACCUUACUGCUUAUGCGAAGCAGUCGUGAGCUGAUUGCAGAUCUAAAGAAGUCUUUUGUUAUGUUCCUCGGAACACCUGCAGAGGCUUUGCCAACAGCUGUAAAAUUUAUGUACAUGCACCGCAAACACGAUCACUGAGUAAUUGCCAAAGCAGUGGCAUUUGACAGUUGAAGAGGGCAACAACUCUUCAGAGUGUACUCUACAUGAAUCUCAUAUAUAUGUAGUCUUGACAUUGAGAACCUGCAUUGUGAGGACCUUAAAGCGCAUGUUUGUGCGUAGAUGUGCCAUAAGGUUCCUUUCAGAAGCUCGUUGCACUUCUAUCGUGCAACCACACUGCCAGUAUGAAACAUUCCUCACUUCAUUUGCUGUGGAGUAAAUCAGCACACAAUACUGUAAGUGCUGGCCAGCACUUUGCAUUGCAUUUUCACUCUUGUGUGCUGAAUCGUUCUGCUCAAAAUGAACAUGAACCAAUGAGCUCAUACUUUUAUACUCUUUCAGCACAUUCUUCACUUCACCUGCACUUUUAUGCAAACAGUAGAUUAUUACAUGGCAUCCAGAAAAAAGAAAAUAGAACUCUGGUCAGCUGCAUCAGAAUUGAUCUAAAAUGGUAUUCAUACUGCUACCUUUUCUCCAACAUAACCCUUAGUAGCAGCAAGCAAUAACUCUGCCCUAUAUCUUAUGUCCGCAGCGUGAUGUUGCUCAAAGUGCAAAUUUGAGCAGAGCUUCAAUAAAGGAAAAACAUUUUUCACUCUGAAACA